AUUUGAUUUAAUUCUUUGUUUGAAAGGAGAAGAAAGCGGAUGGAGGGCGAAAGGAGGGGAGGCAUGAGGGGGGAAAAAAUAUUUUCAGAAUUUAACGUUAUUCGGAAUUAAUUUAUUUUUCCCCCCCAUUUGUUAUGUUAACAUUUAUUUGGAAAAAAUAAAGAGGAAACUGUAUUGAAGAAAGGAAAGGCAGCGAAGGACAAUGAAGAGGCGCAAUGCUGAUUGCAGCAAGAUCAGGAGGCCGUUAAAACGGAACAGAAUCACCGAGGGGAUAUACGGCAGCACUUUCUUGUACCUUAAGUUCCUUGUUGUGUGGGCACUGGUAUUGCUGGCAGAUUUUGUCCUUGAAUUCCGCUUUGAAUAUCUUUGGCCUUUCUGGCUCUUCAUCAGAAGUGUUUAUGAUUCCUUCAGAUACCAGGGUCUGGCUUUUUCAGUAUUUUUUGUUUGUGUAGCAUUCACAUCAGACAUAAUAUGCCUACUCUUCAUACCAGUGCAGUGGCUUUUCUUUGCUGCCAGUACAUAUGUAUGGGUUCAGUACGUCUGGCACACAGUGCCUGUGAUGACAGAUAUGCUAGAAAAAGAACCGACACCUUUUCCAGCCAAUGGUGGACUCAGUGGUCAGCUCAUUCAUACAGAAAGAGGAGUAUGUUUACCAACUGUAUCAUUAUGGAUAUUAUUUGUUUAUAUAGAAGCAGCAAUCAGAUUUAAAGAUUUAAAAAAUUUUCAUGUAGACCUUUGUCGCCCUUUUGCUGCACACUGCAUUGGCUAUCCUGUGGUGACACUGGGAUUUGGCUUCAAAAGUUAUGUAAGCUAUAAAAUGCGGUUAAGAAAGCAGAAGGAAGUCCAGAAAGAAAAUGAAUUCUACAUGCAGCUUCUACAGCAGGCCUUACCGCCUGAGCAGCAGAUGCUACAGAGGCAAGAGAGGGAAGCUGAAGAAGUUGCUACAGCCAAAGGGAUCACAGAUAUAGAUUCUACACAGCUUCCACAACACAAUGGAGGAAUUCCAGCUGGUAGAAAGUUGACAACAGCAUUACCAGAACUAGAAUACAAAGAAAAAGGGAAAGAGAAGGACAAAGAAGCCAAAAAACCAAACCUUGGAAUUAAUAAUAAUAUUUUACAGCCAGUAGACUCAAAAAUACAAGAAAUUGAGUACAUGGAAAAUCAUAUCAAUAAAAGAUUGAAUAAUGAGCUUGUAGGGAGCACAGAAAACCUAUUAAAGGAGGACUCAUUUACAGCUGCUUCAAAGAAUUACAAGAAUGCUACUGGGGGUAUCAAUUCUUCACCUAGAAGUCACUGCACAUCCAAUGGCAGCAUCCCUUCUUCAUCGUCAUCUACUAAGAAUGAAAAGAAGCAAAAGUGCACCAGCAAGAGUAUGAGUACACACAAGGAAAUAAUGGAAAAUUGUAUACCUAACAACCAGCUCAGCAAACCAGACACAUUAUUAAGGCUGGAACAGGACAUUAAGAAGCUGAAGGCAGACUUGCAGUCAAGCAGACAGUGUGAACAGGAACUGCGAAGUCAGAUUAACUCACUGACCAGCACCGAACGUAGUAUCCGUUCAGAAGUAGGACAACUCCGACAGGAGAAUGAACUACUACAGAACAAAUUGCACACUGCUGUGCAAGCCAAACAGAAGGACAAGCAAACUAUAAGCCAAUUAGAGAAGAAACUCAAAGCAGAGCAAGAGGCAAAGACCUACCUUGAAAAACAGUUGGUGGAUGAGAAGAAGAGAAAGAAGCUGGAGGAAGCGACUGCAGCUCGAGCUGUGGCACUUGCUGCAGCUACAAGAGGGGAAUGUACAGAAACUCUACGAAGUCGUAUUCGAGAUCUGGAAACAGAGUGCAAGAAGUUAACAAUUGACAUGAAAGUCAAAGAAGACCAGAUUCGCGAACUAGAGAUGAAAGUACAGGAACUGCGUAAAUAUAAAGAGAAUGAAAAAGACACAGAGGUACUGAUGUCAGCACUUUCAGCCAUGCAAGAUAAAACACAGCACUUAGAAAAUAGCUUGAGUGCUGAGACCAGGAUCAAGCUGGAUCUCUUCUCUGCACUAGGGGACGCCAAACGGCAGCUGGAAAUUGCACAAGGGCAAAUCAUUCAGAAGGAUCAGGAAAUCAAGGAGUUGAAACAGAAAAUUGCUGAGGUCAUGGCUGUAAUGCCCAGCAUUGCAUAUACAGCAGCAACCAGCACUCUGAGCCCUGUGACCCCACAUUAUUCCUCCAAAUUUGUGGAGACUAGCCCUUCAGGACUUGAUCCUAAUGCCUCAGUUUAUCAGCCAAUGAAGAAGUGACUGUGCGCCUCUUUCUCCUGCCCUUCCUUCUCCCCCAUCCUUUCCCAGACUUUAUCGAUGUGGUGACAUCAUGCAAGAGUGUUCUGCAGUCAAGAUGACAAUGUAACGUGUGACUGUACGUACUAGUUGUAGUCAAAAAAACAAAAAUACAAAAAAUGACAUCAUGGUGUCGACUAGAACUGCCCGAUGGCUUCUCCUUUCCUGUAAAUUUUUAGAAAACCUCCCAGAACUUUGCAGUUUUGUUUUUUGGAAAGUCUGGUCAGUGCAUUGUGACUUUUCCUAGGUUCUUUCUGCCUUUUAUUUUUUGUUUUGGUUUCCUCUUGGAGAUUUUUUUUAAAGAAACAGAUCUGUGAACCCACAUUGAAGCAAAAUGACAGGGUUGGAAACACGGCAAUAAAUUUUAGAUUGAUUUUGAAUCAUUGUUGCUGACUAGCUCUUUCACUGUUGGCCCAUUUAAUCUGUCAAAUACCAUGCCACCUGUUCUACCACAAGUGUAGGAGUUCAGAGCAUUGAAUAAAUUUGCUCAACAAGUUCAUGUGUAUCGGUCAGUGAAUUUAACUGUUUUACUGUAUUAGCCUCAGUCCCUGCAACUUUCAGAACUAACCUACAUUUCUAGCUCCAAGCCAAACUGGUGCAGUCAAGUGUUGUAAAAAAAAUCAUAUACUUUUUAAACAGUGACUUUGUCACUAUGUGCCUGAAAUUGAGCAGUGUUUUAGUUUCAAGUUAUCUAUAUCAAAAAAAAUGUAAUUGGGAGGAUAUGUUCUCAGUUUGUGUUUUGAAUAUAUACAGUACCAGUUAGGCAUGGAAAUAGAAAACUAAAUCAGCAUUAUUGUUAGAAAAUAUCCAAAAUGGCGGCUGAACAUGUCCAGAAAAAGAGAAAUAAAAGCCUUUGCUCAAAGUUCUGAGGAGCAUCAUUGCUCCUUCUAAUGGCAUGGAUUUAAAAUUAUCAGUUUUUAUUCCACUUGUAACAAACACUCAAAAAAAGGUUUUGGUAACUGAAUUUACCUGUAUAAAGAGGAUGCUAUGCAACUUUCACAUCUGCAAUACUAAUACCUUAUGGCUUCCUCUCCUUCCUCAGCUCUCAAUCAUCCAAAUGCACACUAUUGUGGGGCUUAAAUUUGUAAUUGAUGACUUGCCAAUCAGAAUACUAUUGAGGUAAAUUAAUAUUGUUGUUGAAAGAAAAAAUUGUCACUAUUCAGGGACAAUUAGGAUGAGAUGUUCAGUAGUCAAGUAGAAGUAACUAGUACUUAAAAUGGCUAAGGUGAAAAGUGAGUGGAAAGCUUUGGGUAUUUGAGCUGGCAUAAUGUCACAUUUGAUUGCUAUGAUGCUUAGCUGACUAUUGUCCUUUUUUCCAAAAGGACUUGAGUAAAAUGGUUGCAUGCAUACACAUGGACAUGCAAAUUAGUAACAGGAGUAGGCUAUUUGGACCCUUGAGCCUUUUCUGCCAUUUAGUAAGAUUAUGGCUGAUCUGAUUGCAGAUUGAAUUCUACUUUCCUAUCUCUGCACCCUUUGCCUUCCUUGUCAGUCAAGAACCCAUCUAACUUUACAAAUACCAUUUUAUAGGAGUAAAUUUCUUUUGUCAUUUAGCUGGGCAAUUUGAAUGGUUAAUAGAUAAUUUCACAUAACUAAUUGUGUUUUGGGUUCCAAGGUAUAAUACUGUGGUAUGCCAGAUGUAUUGUGAUUUAUAAAAUCUUGAGAGUUGAGCAGUUAAUGGCAUAAUAAAGGGAAUAUGUCACCUUGCUGUCAAAGUAAUAUUUAUAGAGAAGGAAACCAAUAAUCUGAAGUGCCAUUUCAUUAUUCCAUGGACAAAUCAUUAAGGUGUUAAGUGCAAGAGUAACCGGUUAGUUAAAUAACUACCAAAUUAUUUUUUAAAGUUGCUUAUUUUGAAAACCUGGAUACUUCUGUUAUACAGUGAAAACUCUAAUUCUCAAUUACCCACAAUGUUCAGAUUUAAUGAACGUUUUUCAAGUAUUCUGGAAAGUUUCAUGUAUUAUCUUCUAAGGCCAAAACUCCCUCGACCUUUGGACCAAAUGAAGCUUGAAGCAAUGUUUUAGGCUUUAAUGGAUGACAGCUUUUAACAAAAUCUUGAGAUUAAGGAUAAAUAUAUUUCGGAGCUCUUUCAAAACAACAAGUAAUGAUUACAGUGCCUUCAAAAUUUGUAUCCAGAGGAAACCACAUUUUUAGUAAUGCAUUCAUUCUUUGCAAUAUUCAGGGUUCAAGUCAAACCUUUAAGUAUAUCUCUGGAGAAGACAACUUGACACAUGAAUAAGUGUUAUGCUUUAUAUGACUGAGUUAUUGACACUGAUAUCUUUUUGUAUGCUUGUCAGUGCUGCCUCAUUUUAAAGAAGUAUUACAUGAUUUGUUUUUUGUUUUUUGCACAGGUCAGCAACAGAGUUGGAUAAUUUUCAUUUUCACUUUUCUGUUGAGCAGUGUUUUUAAUUGAACAAUUAUUUUCAAUAUAUUCAAAUAUUUUAGAUUUAACUGCAAAUUGGACUGUACUAGAUCCAUUCAAAAUGAACAGUAUAAGUGAUCACUCUUUAUCAUGGAUAAAGACAGGCAUAAUUUAAAUCUUUGUUUAAAGAUCGGUCUUUCAUUUUAGAAUGCUUUUUUUUGUUGGAUACUUGUUACCCUAUAGAAUUUGGAUUGCUGAUUACUCGAAAUGUAAAUUUUAUCCUGAAGGUACAUUUCUAAUGCAUAUAUCCAGGCUCAGUACAGACAUCCAGUUCAAGUCCACAAGAGCUAAACAGUCAUUUUUAUUUUCCAUGAAGCAAUUGCAUUGUGAUUACCUUAACAGUAUACUAGAAUGUGAUUGUUCUGAGUGCAAUAAGGAAAGGGGAAACUGACUUUGUGCAAAGAAUAAUAAUUUAUAGUGCAGGUUGUAGAUUUGCCACUGAAUGCUUUUGUUUCAAUAUUUUUCUGCUGUGCUGACAUAAUCUGAUUUUGUUUAAAUACAUCCUAACAGUCAAAACUAUCAUCUAACUUAGUUGUGCCAAGAAAGAUUUUUAAAAAGUGUUACUGAAGUGCACAUUUUCUUUUAUUUUGAAAUGGUUACUACCGUUUAAUGGUGUGUAAAAGGUUCUUAAAGUGAGCAAUUGAUCUUGGCUAGUUGUAUGUAUGAGAACAAUAGUUUGGGCAAUGAACAACUGUUCACUAAUGCAUUUGCCCAGUCCGCUGAUGUAAAGCCUUUUUUAUUUUGUGCACCAGAAUUGAAUAUGGCUGACCCUUGGUCCCUUUGACUGUCCCAACAAGAUAAUCUUCUAGAAGGGCAUGACAAACUCCCAGUCCAUGCCCAAUCCAAUAUGCAAUUUGAUGAAAGUAAUUUUGAAAACAAUUGAGAAUUUGGCAGAUCUCAACCUCUUGUUAAAAUUCUGCAUAAAUCCCCAUGCGCAAUGCAUCAAACUUUUUUAAAAUUUCACGCACUUUUUUUAUUUUGUAAUUAUGUGGAAGUUAUUUAUUAUCUAAAAAUGGAUAUAAUUUGAAACUGCUGCCAGAAAUGCAUAUUUUCUUUCUCAUCUUGUGUAAGAAGCAAAAAUUGAGCUGAUUAUUUCUAAAUUUCAUUUAUUUCUUCCUGACUGAAUAUCAGUGUUUUGAGUGCCAUAAUGAUACAAGAUGUAUAAUUUUUGAACUUACUUUUCCCCCCAACUCGCUGAUUUCUUUUUUGGAUAAUCCAAACCAUAGGUUUUUUUCUGUCCAGUGUAACUUUUGCAUGUGUUUGCAAACAUCAUGCACCAGAAUAAAAACGUGGAGAGGUUUGCACACUGAAAUUUCAACAUUGCUCUGAGGUAGCUAUGCAGUAAUUGACAGGGAUGUAACAAUUCAAGGCUAAACAGAUUCCCAGCAAUAUGCUGGGAAAUCUAUGGUCAGAAAAGCUCUAAUCUUGAUUUAAAUUCUGAUUUGCACUCUGCAAAAGAAUGCGGUUUUGCUGAAGUUCUGCAGGCCAUGUCUUCUAAACAUCUCUCUGUGUAAACAUACAACAUUUUAAUGCUACAGAGAAGACCACUCCACAAUGCCUGACAUUCUAAUCUAUCAAGCUGUCUUGGUAUUUCAAAUUUGUAAGUACAUACUUAGGAAAUAACUAUUCAGCUGCCUAUAUAAAGUGAUUGGCUUGGUAAGUUACAAUGAAAUACAUUUACAUUGACAAAAUGUUGUUUAGAGAUUUUGUUCUACAAAAUUGAGAGUAUUGACUAUUUUGUAGUGCUGUCCCAAACUAGUUGAAAAAGACCUCAAACAAUAUUAGCCACAUCUGCGCAAGAUAUAAUUGUGGUUCAAGUCAAAUUAUUAUAGUACAUCCAAAUAAAUUUGAGAUGUCCUCUCAGCUAACUUUGUAACUUUGGGGAUUUUGUUCAUCUUUGCAGAUGUUACCUUUUAUACACGUGGCAAUUUAGAGAGCUCUGUAAGGUAAUUUAGUAGCAACGUUGCAGCAUUUUAAAAUAUUCUAAAGUCUACAAAAGUAUGCAGUGAAUAUUGUGAUCCAAAAUUCUUGCUCCAUUGCUCUCAAGUUUAAAUAUUUAUUUGAAUCCUGGGCUGUAAUAAGAACACUUUGUGUGCUUGCAGUAGACCCUCAGUGGAUUAGCUAUUCCCAGAUUUACUUUUUUAAAGUUUUUGUGUUUGACUGAUGUAGUCACUUUGUUCAAAAUAAAGACCCUGUUUGAAUGUUGAAUCAGGUUCUUAAGGACAUAACUCUGUUGCAACCAGCAAAAUUUGCAAAGUUUAAUUCAUUUUCUUUUGACAGGAUAUUGGCUUCUGCCAAAUCUGUGUGGUUUUGGCUGUCAUUUUGGAUUUUUGAAUCACCUUCUGUAAUUGUCGUCAUGAAAUUGUUGCAGAAAAUUGUCUCAUGAAUUAUUUGAGCAUUGUGCAGAACAUGGAGUAUUGUCACUGACAUUUUUGUGUUGAAAUUAAUAACACCUCCGAUUCCCCUUGUUGCCACUUUGGCACUUUUCUUUAUAUAACUGGUCUUGGCUGCAUUCUCUUUCUGUGGGGUUUACA